AUGGCCGCUGUCUCGGCAACCCCCUGGGGGGCCAUCAUCGUGGCCUUCUCUUGUACCGCUUUUUCGGAUUUAAACAAUGCGGUCCUAGCGGCCUUCUCCCUAAUCGUCCGGGAAAAACGCUUGUUUGCUGAUUUUCCUGGUCCCGUGCCUCCCCGAGAGGCUCUCAUGAAGGCCCUCGGCAUCCUAAUUUUCGCCUUCCUCCUCCUUCAGUUGCUACGGAUGAGGAAGACAAAUUCCGAGGCGCCGCGCUGGAAUGGGUUCGGCAAGGUCCUUCUGUUUCCGUGUUCUACUAUUCACUCACGGUUCUUUCCCAAAAAACACUCCUUCUCUUACCCGUACCUCCUAGUGGGCAUCCCCGUGGGGUUCGAGGGCAACGCAGGGGGUAUGGUCUCGGUCAAAGCUAAGGGCAAACCGGGACUAUUUUCUAUUACGCCAUGGGCAGGUUGGUUUACCGUUGAUGCUGGCGACCACUUGGAACGCGGCAAGUCUGAAUUAGGCCUACGUGGAAAAUUGGAUGAGUACCUCCAAACUCAGGACGUCAAUCCGUCAACCUACCCUCAUGCGUAUUUGAUCACCGCUCCGCGGUUUCUGGGUUACCAGUUCAACCCAGUGUGCUUCUGGUACCUAUACGAUGCAGACAAGCGUCUGGCAGCGAUGAUCAUAGAGUUCAACAACACAUUCAGCGAACGGCGCAUGUACUUCUUGACGGCAGAUCACAGUCCAGCAGUCAAGAGCAAGCGCUCUCCACACCACAACACACACCCACCCACCUUCAAAGAAUGGCCCAAAGAUUUCCACGUCUCCCCCUUCAGCUCGCUGAAGGGCUCCUACACCCUCACCGCAUCCGACCCCCUACACCACCCACCCACAUCCACACUCGACACCACCACCACCACCACCACCGCACCCCUCACCACAACCCUCACGCUCCUCUCCUCCCAAUCCCACCCCAAACUCACCGCCACCCUCACCUCCACCACCGCCCCCCUCCACCCCUCAGCCAUGACCCCCACCCAAAAGCGCCGCUUCCUCCUCUCCUGGUGGUACGUCGGCCUACUGACCUUCCCGCGCAUCCUCGCGCAAGCCGCCGUGCUCCACUUCCGGCACAAGCUGCCCGUUUAUACGCGGCCGGAGCCGCGGAGGGGCACGCUCAGCCGCCCCGCGACGCGCGCGGAGCGCCAGCUGGAGUGCGUGUUUCGGUGGUAUUUGGCGAGGUGUGUAGAGGUGGAGGGGGGGGAGAGGGUGGGGCGGUUGGUGGUGCGGUAUACGGCGGCGGGGGUUUGGGGGGGUGAUGGUGAUGCGUGCGUGUUUCGCUCGCCUGAGGCGGUGGCGGCGGUGGAGGCGGGGGAGCGGGUGGAUGAGUUGGUGUUGACGGUGUUGACGCCGGCGUUUUAUGCGCGGUUUGCGGCGCGUUAUACGGGCUCGCUCAAUGCGCUGGUGAGGGAGGCUUGUGCGGGUGGCACGCUGUGGGUGUCGCGGCCCGAUUUGCUCGCGCGGUUGAUUCCGGCCGAAGAGAACACGGCGCCGCUGGGGCUUUGUGAGGUGUUAGGUCUGGACGGAACGGGCCAACCGGGAAAGCGAUUGCUUCGUGGGACGACUUCUCUUUCAGGGCGCUGCAGAACUUGCGUGGUGGGAAGGGGUAUAGCUUGUCGGAUCUGGAUACAUAUGUCCUGGAGUGUGAGAGUCAGCAGGAGCGGGAUAGCUAUUGGGACCAUGUGUGGAGGUUGA